AUGGCCGCGAAGUCGGAUGGAGCCGGGGCGGCCUCGGCUGUGCGCAUGGAGGGCGCGGAGGGCGGCGGCGCGGGCUCCCUGCCGGGCGGGUCCCGCCGAGGGGGCGGCGGGGGCGCGGGGCUCGGGCCGGGCGGCCCCUUGGCGGCCGCCCCGCCGGCGCCCCGCGCCUACAGCCUGCUGGACUGCUGCUGGGUGCUGUGCGCCCUGCUCGUCUUCUUCUCGGACGGGGCCAGCGACCUGUGGCUGGCGGCCGAUUACUACCUGCGGCGCCAGUUCUGGUGGUUCGGCCUCACGCUGCUCUUCGUGCUGCUGCCCUCGCUCGUGGUGCAGCUGCUCAGCUUCAGGUGGUUCGUCUACGACUACGCGGCGCCCCGAGCCCCCGGGCCGGCCGCGGCCCCGGCCCCGGCCCCCGCCGCCGGCACCAAGGACAGCGGCUGCACCAAGGACAGCGGCCGGCCCGGCUCCGCGCUCCUCUCGCCGCCCCCCGCCCCGGCCCCGGCCCCCGGCGCCUACCGGACCCGGGGCUGCUGCCGCCUCUGCAUCUGGAUCCUGCAGUCCCUCAUCCACCUCCUGCAGCUGGGACAGGUCUGGAGGUACCUCCGGACCCUGUACCUUGGCCUCCAGAGCCGCUGGCAGUCAGAGCACAAGCAGCGCCACUUCUACUGGAAGAUGAUGUUUGAGAGUGCUGACAUCAGCAUGCUGCGGCUGCUGGAGACCUUCCUGAAGAGCGCCCCCCAGCUGGUGCUGCAGCUGAGCAUCAUGGUGCAGCAGAACAACAUCGAGCCUCUGCAGGGUCUCUCGGCCUCGGCCUCCCUCGUGUCUCUGGCGUGGAUGAUUGCCUCCUACCAGAAGGUGCUGCGGGACUCGCGGGAGGACAAGAUGCCCAUGUCCUACAAGGGGGCAGUGGUGCAGAUCCUCUGGCACCUGUUCACCAUCGCUGCCCGCGCCAUUGCCUUCGCCCUCUUUGCCUCUGUGUUCCAGCUCUACUUUGGCAUCUUCAUUGUCACGCAUUGGUGCAUCAUGACCUUCUGGAUCAUCCAGGGGGAGACGGACUUCUGCAUGUCCAAGUGGGAGGAGAUCAUCUACAACAUGGUGGUGGGUAUCAUCUACAUCUUCUGCUGGUUCAACGUGAAGGAGGGCCGGAGCCGCUGCCGCAUGGCCAUCUACUACACCAUCACUCUGGUGGAGAAUGCGGCCCUCACCGGCCUCUGGUACAUGUACUACAACCGCCAGGCCACCUCAGACUUCGACGCCUUAAUCAUCGUCUGUGUGGUCUCAUCCAGCUUCGCCCUGGGCAUCUUCUUCAUGUUCAUCUACUACUGCCUCUUGCACCCCAACGGGCCCGUGUUUGGCCCCCAGACCACAGGCUGCAUUUUCAAAAAGGCGCCGGCCACCUGCGUGGGGCCCCCAGAGGACGUUAUCACCAGCCCCCCACGCUCCCUGCCACGGACUACAGGGGGGGAGAGGGAAGGGGUGCCAGGGGACAGGGACAGCUGCGUGCCUGUUUUUCAGGUCAGGCCAAGCGUCCCCCCGACCCCUGUUGCCCGCGCCCCCCGGACAGAAGGGCCCGUCAUCCGAAUAGAUCUGCCCAGGAAGAAGUACCCAGCCUGGGACGCCCAUUUUAUUGACAGGCGGCUCCGUAAGACGAUCCUAGCGCUGGAGUAUUCUUCUCCGGCUACCCCACGCCUGCAGUACCGCAGCGUCGGGGCCUCGCAGGAGGUGCUGGAGUAUGAGACCACGGUGUAGGCCAGCGCGGGAGCCAUGUAACUGCCUAGCAUGCCCCCCGCCAUGGGGCUGACACACUGGUGCAUUUCCAGAGCCAACUGGCCACCAGCCACGCCCGGCCUUCCGCUGCCCUGGAAAGUGGCUGUCCAGUAUCUUCUUAGCAUUUUGCCUUUUGUGUUCAUUAGCACUGAUGGCCCCCACCUCCCCACUCUACCCCCCAAUCCUAGAGGGGUUGGCGAGGUCAGCUGGUGCUACCCCCGCUCUGCCUUGCUGAGCUCUCCCUCUAGCGAUGCCAUGGCAAAGGAUUCCUCCCUGGGCCCCAGUUGCUUCCCUGUCAACCCCACAGAUGGGCCCAGAGGGGUCCAUCCUCCCCUCCAGGCAGGAGGUUUUGUUGGUGCUGAAAUACCUCACGUGUACCUGAGCUCAAACAGCCUGGAGCCGCCCCGUGGCAUGGCUUCUAGCCACCAGCAAAGGGGCAGGGCACCUGGUUUGCACAGGGCCCGGCUGGA